AUGUCCAAUUCCCAACCACAGCCACAUCGUGCCAAAGUGGUCGUUCGGUUCAAGCCACCUUCCUCAUCAUCGUCCUCAUCGUCGUCCUCAUCGAGAGAAAGAUCUUCUUCCUCUGCCAACCUCAAUGAUUGGUUUGUGUUUGAAGGAAAUAAUGGAAUUAAGGUUGUUCAACAACCAAAAAAGAGCGAACCGAAAGAUGAUGAGCCUCUUCCAACCACCAACAAGAUGGAGUUUGAUAGAGUAGUUAAGGGUGAUGCCUCACAGGAAACCAUGUAUCAGGCAUCCAUAGGUCCUUCAUUGAUCAAGGAUCUAUUAUCGGGAAUGAAUCAUAAUGUGAUGGUGUAUGGUGGGAAGGAUUCAGGAAAAACCUAUUGUUUGAUUGGAGGUUCAUUGGAAAAAAAAGAACAUGAAUAUGGUCUACUUCCACGGAUCGGAAUGGAUCUGUUUGAAAGUAUCGAGGAAGAGAGUAGCAACGAAAAGACUAACAUCAAUAGAAAAGAGUAUAAAGUUUCACUUUCCAUGAUGGAAGCGCAUGAAGAGAAAAUCUAUGACCUGUUAGAGCCAGAUCAUUUAGAGAGGCACCUGUUCAACUCUCCCUUCAAAGGUCUAAUCGUUCAACAUCUUUCUGAAAUUUGUGUUGGAUCCUACGAUGAAUUUAUGGAAUUAUUACGAUUCGGAACAAAAAUUCAACAGGUAUUCAGAGUGAAAAUGAAUGCAGACGCUAUGAAAUGCCACACUGUGAUAUCCAUCAAAGUUGUCGCAACAGACAUGGAUACUGAAGAAUCGUGGCACUCGUUAUUGAAUUGUGUUGAAGUUGCUCCUGGAAGCGAAAAGGAAACAGGUUGUGAUGAUUCUACUCUCUCCUCAUUAUCAUCAUUGCAAUCUUUUGUACGAACUCUCGGCAAACAGCAACAACAGCCAAAUGAAAGCAGAGAGCAACAGGUUGGUUUGGAGCAUGCAAUGAAAAGCACUCUCAUCCAACUAGUGCGAGAAUCAUUUGGAGGAAAUGCAAAGACUACUCUUAUUUGUACUUGCUCUUCAUCUCCACAGAGCGGCGAAGAGACUCUGUCAACUCUUUCAUUUGGAAUUUUAUUCAAGACUCGUGUUUCAGGAUCAAUUCAUACCAAUACUCUAAAAAGUGCUUGGGAAUUACAGGCGAUGGUCACCAAAUUAGCUAAGCAGUGCAGCGAAUUGAUGAGUUCGAACACAGACACCCAAAACAAUCAGGCAAAGCUCUCUCCUCAAAAAAUUGUUGAAUUGGAAUUGUUUAUUGAGGAAUUGAAAGAAAAACAUCAAUCAGAAUUGCACAAUUUAAAAAAUGAGAAUUCACAUCUCGAAAAAGAGCUGGCUAACCUCAAAAGCAAUAUGAAGAAACAAAAGGAGGCAAGCUCAAAGUUGCAAGAAGAACUCGAUAACGCCAAAGAAUUAGCGGAAUCCUUUAACAAGAAGCAAGAGGAUUUACAAAGCCAAUAUCAAUACAAGUCCAAUGAACUCGAGUUGGAAAUUAAAUCGUUGCGAGAACAGCUCAUUGAGGAAGAAAAGAAGCGAAACGAGCUUCUCAAAGAGCUUGAGAAUGUGAAAGAAGAGGCCAAGCUCAACAUUGCUCAUCUUCAAGAAAUUGCUCAAAAUAUUUCCGAGUCAGAAGCGAGGGCAAAAGUCAUGUUUGGUUUCGACAAGUUAACAGAAAGUAACAAGAUGUACCGUUCCAUGAAUGCCAAACUCAAUGAAAGGAUUUUUGACUUGGAGGAAAAGUUGGAGGAAUCCCAGAGAAAAUUUGCUGCUCUGGAGGCUGAGAUGGAUACACAAGAAGAAUUUAAUUCCCGAGAAAUUUCAAGACUCGAAAAGGAAAACAAACAACUCUCCAAAAAACUACGAAAAUUUGAAAAGGAGGUUGAAGAACUCGACGAAGAAUGUGUCGAUUUAGAAAUGGAGCUCAACAAAUGCAUUGGAGAGGUAGAAACUUUUGAAGAUACCAUAGAAGACCUCAAAGACAAGAUUGCAAAACUCGAGAAGGAAAUUCGUUCAAACGAUGAAGAAAUUAUGAUUCUUAAAACCCAGUUGAAGAAGGCUGAGAAUUCAGACCUUCUCGAUGAAGAUCUUGAAGAUUUUAUUUUAGAUGAGUAUUCUGGCAAGAUAAAGAAACUGAGAGACCAAUUUGCAGCUGUGGAAUCCAAGAAAGAUCGUCUUAUUGAAAAGUAUAAAAUUGAAGCAAAUGAGGAAAGAAAGAACAUUAAAACGUUGGAAAAGGACUACAAUCGAAAACUAGAUCGUUUAGAGGACGAACUAGAGGAAGAGAAGGAGAAGUUUGACAACAUGGAGGCAGAUUUUCUUGACCUGGAAGAAAAAUCAGACAAAAAUAAGGACAAAAUCAAGUUGCUCGAAAAGGAGUUAAAAGCUUUGGAAAAACUAUUGGAAGACAAGGAUGAUUUUCAUGAAAAGAUUAAGGCAGACUACGAAGAGAGUAUCAAGUCAAAGGACAAGGAUUUAGAACAACUCACCAUUCAGAAAGAGGCUCUAAAGCAACAAAUAUCAGAACUUCAAACUUCUUUGGACAAAUCUAGCAAGCAUGGUUCAUCGGACUCAGAAAUAUCAUGGAAGCAAAAGGUCGGAAAGAAUUGGGCUAAUGACUUUUUCGAAAUGAAAAGCAAGUUAGAAAAGGUUCAAGCUCUCAAAGACAAAUUCGAGAAGGAAAGCUUACAGUCGCGGCAGCAAAUUCAAAGCGAAAGAUCCAAACUCCAAGCAGCUAACAAAAAGAUUGAACUUCAAAACUCGAGAAUUUUGGAGCUUCAAAAAGAGCUCGACAUGUCCCGCUCUCAAAAAGGCUUAAAACAUCAAGUACGAGAAAAACAAAAACAAAAAAAGCAAGAAAUGCAAGAAGAGCUUGAAAAAUUGAAAAAAGCACUUGUGACCAAUGAACAAAUUUCGAUUGUUGCACCAAAGAUUGCAAGAAGAAAAGCCAUUUUUAAGCCAGCUGUUAAACACGUUCCACAAGAUGGAGACUCCACUAAUGAACUCGCUCGGGUGUUUCAAUCGAGGGCCAACAAGGAAUGA